CCCCACCUUCCUCUGUCAUGUUCAACAACACAAAGAUCAAAAUCAAACUCAGAAUACCAAAAGAGAAAAAAAAGAAAAAAAAUUGCAUUCAUUCUUCCAAGUUCGAACACCGGCGGCGAAUCUCUUCUCUGUUUACUGGUGACAACGCUCUCUUUCAGAUAUCUGAAAAAUGUCUGGUCAAAGCCAGCGUUUAAACGUGGUUCCGACUGUUACAAUGCUUGGAAUCAUGAAAGCUCGGCUUGUGGGUGCUACAAGAGGUCAUGCACUUCUGAAGAAGAAGAGUGAUGCCCUAACUGUACAAUUUCGUCAGAUUCUUAAGAAGAUAGUCUCUACAAAAGAAUCAAUGGGUGAGAUUAUGAAAAGCUCUUCGUUUGCCCUAACUGAGGCAAAGUAUGUUGCUGGUGAGAACAUCAAACACAUUGUCCUUGAGAAUGUUCAAAAUGCUUCUCUUAAAGUUCGGUCCCGACAAGAGAAUGUUGCUGGAGUGAAGCUUCCCAGGUUUGAGUAUUUCACAGAAGGUGAGACCAAGAAUGAUCUGACUGGUUUGGCCAGAGGUGGACAACAGGUCCAGCAGUGCCGUGCUGCUUAUGUGAAAGCAAUUGAGGUUCUAGUUGAGCUUGCUUCUCUUCAGACAUCAUUCUUAACUCUUGAUGAGGCAAUCAAGACCACAAAUCGUAGGGUUAAUGCUUUAGAGAAUGUUGUGAAGCCUAGAUUGGAGAACACGAUAAGUUACAUUAAGGGAGAGCUGGAUGAGCUUGAAAGGGAGGAUUUCUUCAGGUUAAAGAAGAUACAAGGUUAUAAGAAGAGGGAAAUUGAAAGACAGCUUGCUGCUGCCAAGGAGUUCGCUGAGGAUAAGUUUGCUGAGAAGGUUUCCUUGCGGAAAGGUGUUUCAAUAAAUUCAGCUCACAAUCUGCUAUCUGCAGCCAUGGAGAAGGACGAAGAUAUUAUUUUUUGAUGAAGUUCGAUCCUAGGAUUUGUGGGUUUUCUAUCUGGUGCUUGUUUGAUAGUGGGGAGGGAAGAUUCCUUUUAUUAUUAAGGUGUUGUUCUGAAUAAAUGUUAUAUUUCUGUUUCAAGUUAUCGUGUAUUAUUGUUAAUGAUCAGACAUUAACCAUUUGGGUUUUUGACAAUAGACACUCCAUUUCCAA